AUGUCGAGGCAGGCGAACCGAGGCACUGAGAGCAAGAAAAUGAGCUCUGAGCUCUUCACCCUGACCUACGGGGCUCUGGUCACCCAACUAUGCAAGGACUAUGAAAAUGACGAAGAUGUGAAUAAACAGCUGGACAAAAUGGGCUAUAACAUCGGAGUUCGACUGAUUGAAGAUUUCUUGGCACGGUCAAAUGUGGGGAAGUGCCACGACUUUCGGGAAACUGCAGAUGUCAUCGCCAAGGUGGCAUUCAAGAUGUACUUGGGCAUCACUCCAAGCAUCACCAACUGGAGCCCAGCUGGUGACGAAUUCUCCCUCAUUUUGGAAAAUAACCCCCUGGUGGACUUUGUAGAACUUCCCGAUAACCACUCAUCCCUUAUUUAUUCCAACCUCUUGUGCGGGGUGUUGCGGGGAGCUUUGGAGAUGGUCCAGAUGGCUGUGGAGGCCAAGUUUGUCCAGGACACCCUGAAGGGAGACGGCGUGACAGAAAUCCGGAUGCGGUUCAUCAGGCGGAUUGAGGACAAUCUCCCAGUCGGGGAGGAAUGA